GAUAUUUGACGUCACGCGCGUGUAUAUAGACAGUUGCGCAGGAGUCUCAAAGAUAGUCUGUAGUGAGACACUGUGAGUGUCGUUUGGGGAUAGGACUAAUAGUCUACCCCGCUAGUGGAAUUGAUUCAUAAAAAAGACGUAAAAUCGUGCCAAUAUGAGUAUAGCAGCCGCCGAAAGCGUGGUGCAAUCCAGCACCUGGGCUGCCACCAGCCUGUUCUACGUACUCCUAGUACCAGCUCUGAUCCUCUGGUACGCGUACUGGCGUAUGUCCAGGAGGCACAUGUAUGAGCUCGCAGAGAAGCUGCAGGGACCCCCUGGUCUUCCCCUCCUCGGAAACGCACUUGAGUUCACUGGUGGCUCUCAUGACAUCUUCAAAAACGUCAUUGAGAAGUCUGUCCCAUUCGACAAGGAAUCUGUUGUCAAACUAUGGAUCGGACCCCGUCUCCUGGUGUUCUUGUACGACCCUCGUGACGUUGAGCUGAUCCUCAGUAGCCACACCCACAUCGACAAGGCUGAAGAAUACAGGUUCUUCCAACCCUGGCUCGGAAACGGUCUCCUCAUCAGUACUGGCCAGAAAUGGAGAUCUCACCGCAAACUGAUCGCUCCCACUUUCCACUUGAACGUGCUGAAGAGUUUCAUCGACCUGUUCAACGCCAACUCCAGGGCUGUCGUCAACAAGCUGAAGAAGGAAGCCGGAGAGUUCGAUUGCCAUGACUACAUGAGCGAGUGCACCGUCGAGAUCUUGCUUGAAACCGCUAUGGGUGUCAGCAAAUCCACCCAGGAUCAGAGUGGAUUCGAAUACGCCAUGGCUGUGAUGAAGAUGUGCGACAUCCUGCACUUGAGACACACCAAGAUCUGGCUCAGGCCCGACCUGCUCUUCAAACUCACCGACUACGCUAAGAAGCAGACCAAGCUCCUUGACAUCAUCCACGGUCUGACCAAGAAGGUUAUCCGAAGGAAGAAGGAAGAAUUCAACUCUGGAAAGAGGCCCACCAUCUUGGCUGACUACAACGCCGGAACAGCCGACGAAGCCACCAAAACCACAUCUGUUGAGGGUCUGUCUUUCGGUCAGUCUGCUGGUCUUAAGGACGAUUUGGACGUUGAUGACGCGGAUGUUGGCCAGAAGAAGCGUUUGGCUUUCCUUGACCUGCUGCUCGAGAGUUCACAGAGCGGUGUUGUUAUUUCUGAUGAGGAAAUCAAGGAACAAGUAGACACCAUUAUGUUUGAGGGUCACGACACUACUGCCGCUGGAAGCAGCUUCUUCCUCUCCAUGAUGGGUGUCCACCAGGACAUUCAAGACAAAGUUAUUGACGAGUUGGACAAAAUCUUCGGUGACUCAGACCGCCCCGCCACCUUCCAGGAUACUUUGGAAAUGAAAUACUUGGAAAGGUGUCUCAUGGAAACCCUGAGGAUGUUCCCCCCUGUGCCAAUUAUUGCUCGUCAAAUCAAGCAAGACAUCACUCUGCCUUCCAACGGCAAGCAAGUGCCAGCUGGUACCACCGUCGUAGUAGCAACGUACAAACUGCACCGUCGCGAGGACGUCUACCCCAACCCUACCAAAUUCGACCCCGACAACUUCCUGCCUGAGCGAUCUGCCAACCGUCACUAUUAUGCCUUCGUGCCCUUCUCCGCCGGACCCAGGAGUUGCGUCGGCCGUAAAUACGCCAUGUUGAAGCUGAAGAUCAUCCUGUCCACCAUUCUGAGGAACUUCCGCGUCCACUCCGACCUGAAGGAGGAGGACUUCAAGCUGCAAGCCGACAUCAUCCUCAAGCGUGCCGAAGGAUUCAAGGUGCGCCUCUCCCCGCGCAAACCAACCAAAGCCUGCUAAAUAAUUACAUGAUUCCUAAAUUUAAUUAUAAUUUCUAUGUAAAUAUGGACGCUUGGCUCUCGCAUUUGAUAAAACUGUGCAGAUAGCACAGUUUAAAAUAAUUUUGUUACAUAUUGUUAAUGUCAAGAAAGAUGUUAUUUCGGUGGCAGACCUUUUACACACGGGAAGGUAUUGAUGUCGGUGCAACUAUUUGCAUGUUUUGCUCAAUAAUAUUUAAAAAAAUCUGUAAGUUUAAGUACUUUGUAAAUAGACAUUUAAAUUAUACCCUUUUGUAGUUGUACGUUGUACGAUGAAUGAGACCAACAAAUAAACUUUGUAAUGAAUAUAA